AAAUAGUGAGUUUCAUUUGCUUGACAUUAGUUUUUAGGUCUCUCAUUAUUUUGUUUGCGAAAUCGCAUAAAAAACAAAGUGACACCCCAUGCCACAAAUAAUGAAUUCUAAGGACAAACGAAACCCAAAUUAUUCCGGCGGGAACAGCGGCGAGGAAGAGGAUUCCUGGAUGAACAGCUAUUACACCUGCCUGGUGUGCAUGCAGACUGCUGAAUCGCCGAGGGUCAGUUUUUGCGGCCACCACUUCUGCUCCCAGUGCAUAUACAACUGGAUUAGGAGUCAGAAAUAUCAGGCCAAAUGCCCCUACUGCCAGUCCCUGAUCGGUGAGAACACCCUCAUCACUAUCACCAUGCGAAGACGAAGAACGUACUUUCGUGCAAAUCCUUUGUGGAGCACCGCCGCCAGAUGCGCAUGAGCAAAGACUGUUUAACCGAAAACAUCUUUUUGCCGGAGGCCGGCAUGUUCACACGUGGCUAUAUCAAAUAUCCGCCGGACCCUAUGCCAAGGAUCAAGCCUUUGCCGCCCCAGAUGCUUCAACAGUGGUCACGUUAUCCCAUAGUGCGCAUUUUCCUUACACCCUCGCUGCACCAGCGCUUCAUUAACUUCGUUAUCUUUCUGUUCAUGCUGGCCAUGUACCUACACGCGGCAGUGACACCGUCUUUACUAUUGUGAGCCAGUGAGACGUAGCACCCAACAAAUCUCCACUAACAAAUUGUCUUUUGAAUUUCGACUUGUUAUUGUCUGAAAUGGCAUCCAAGAACAUCUAGUUUCUGUGGCCCCAGCAGUGCAGUUCUGUGAGAUUUACCCUCUUACGUAAAUAAAAUUUUCUUUUGUGGGCAU